GAUAUUUACUGAUUCAGUCGACGCAUGCGUUGUAGCCCGAAAUCCACCUUUUCACUCGAUUGUCACUCUUUUUGGGAUUGAGAGAAUUCAGUUCCGGAACGUUCAAUCGAGUGCCCCCACUGUGUUCUAAUCUGUACAACAAUACGUCACGAAUAAACAAAACAAACAAAGGAUGUAAAAAGCUCGUGCUGGAUGUGUAGAAGGAAGUUUGAAUCAAAGAAUUGAUAUUAAAGUUUGUAAACUACCUGACGAAUUACUUGAAGACAACGGCCAGAUCUAAUGAGAUAUGGAUGACGAGGAUACUGGAUCUAAAUCUUCUAGUCCAGUUCCAGAAGAUGGGGAAGCGUCACCUUUGUUUGAGAAGAAGAAAAUAUCAUAUCGUAGUUUGGAUAUUAGAGAUCCAGAAACAGUUUCAGUAGCAUCCACGACUUUGACCUUACCUGAAUUCAGACCAACACCCGAUGAAGUUUUAUUUCGAAUGAAAUAUGGUCAUCUUAAUAAAGGAGUCGAUUGGAUAGAUUAUAUAGAGAAUACGGCCGGCCCCGAAGAAACAAAAUGGUCGCUACAGCUGAAGAUAAGAGAUCAUUUAAGAGACCAACCUUUAUCUAUGGCAGAAAAAAUGAUACUUCAAAAAUAUCUCCAGCAACAAGAAGUUUUGAAAGUCGUGACCACCAAACAGAAAAGAACAGAACAUCACGAGAGAAGUCGAUAUAAAUAUCAAUCUGGUUUUGGAUUGUGGGAGAAUAAUAUUACACAUAUUGCUGGUUAUUUUGGCAGUAACGUGGUGUCAUUUUUUAUUUUUCUACGAUUUUUGUUCUAUUUAAACUGUUUUAUUGGUAUAAUUAUGUUUGGUUUUGUUUCAAUACCACAGAUUCUACCAAAUGAUUCUGAUAUUCCUUCGGCUAUUACUGGAUAUUUUGGAGUAAUAUCUACCAGCGUCCUUUUCUAUGGAGCGUAUAAUAACAAUGAUUGGGGUUACUAUGAGCGACCAAUGGCUUAUUUAUUGACCUGGAUUUCUGUCAACAUUAUAUCUUUUAUGGUGAUAGUAGCCAGCAUGUAUCUUGGUUACCGAAGAAGUAAAAUGGAGGAUCAAGGAGACGAGUUCCGGUUUGCGUGGAGAGCUCUGUCGUCUUGGGAUUAUACUUUAACUGAUAAAAGUGGAGUAUCAGUUAGAAUGGCGGCUAUCAGGACCGAUUUUAAAGAAAUGGUGAGAGAGGAAAAGGCUAACGAAACCAGGAAUAGACAGGAAAUGUUAUGGAUCUAUAUUACACGAGUAGUGGCCAAUCUUCUGGUUAUUAUUAUACUAGGUGGUAGUGGCUAUGUAAUAUAUAUAGUAGCUGAUACAACUUUAACACCAGAAGAAGUACCAGAUUUUCUACAAGAUCUUUUCUCUAAAUAUCAGCUUCCGGUUGCUGUGUCAGGUUUAAAGGUCGUUGUUCCUCCUAUGUUACAUUUUGUGUGUAAACUAGAACGAUGGCAUCCAAGAAUAGAAAUUAAGUUGAAUAUCAUCAGGACUGCACUCUUCUACCUUGCCAGCUUAGUUGUAUUUGUGACGUCAUUGUAUGAUGUCAGCAGUAAAUGUGUCAGUGAAGAUCAAAAUGGUACUUUUACACAUCGGAACCUAAGUAAUUUUUGUUGCUGGGAGAAUGAAGUUGGUGAAGAGAUAUUUAAAGUUGUUAUAUUAGAUUUGGUUGUUGUUAUAUUAGUGGGAUUGGUACUAGAUGUUCUAACAGCCAUUAUUGUUCAGUGUCAAAUCUGGAAUAAGUUUGGCUACAGAGAUUUUGAUGUAACGUCGAAUGUUUUGGAUCUGAUAUACAGCCAAUCGUUGAUAUGGCUUGGUCUCUACUUCUCGCCAUUUCUGGCUUUUAUUCAAGUUAUUAAGCUGGUUAUAACAUUCUAUGUUCGGUAUAUAAUUGCUAGAUAUUGUAAUACACCACCAACUAAAGUUUUUAAAGCUUCCCGAUCUGGAACAUUCUACAUGUUUAUAUUGUUGAUUAAUUUGUUUGUUGCUUUGUUUCCUAUGACGUAUUCUGUUGUUGUAUUAUCGCCAUCGUUUGAUUGUGGUCCUUUCCGACUGGAAAACCAUGUCUAUGAAGUGAUUACGACACGCAUUGGCAACCUUCCUGUGUGGUUACAAGAUGGUUUGAAUUACGUCAGCACGUCAACUGUUAUUAUACCAUUACUUAUAUUGUUACUCUUAGCAGCUCUAUAUUAUAGAAUUAAGGCGUCCUUAUAUCAAAAUCUGAUAAUUGAACUCAGAAAUCAACUUAAAUUUGAAAGACGAGUCGAGAAAAGGAAAGUAUUUAGAAAAGCGAAAGUAUCUCAAGGAAUAUCGUCUGCUUCUGGCUUGGACAGAAUAGGAACAGGUGGAGGUGGGAUGUGAACAGGUAUCAACAGAAACAUCUACUACUAUGUCUAAUUCAAUUAAUUCUUUAAAGGACUCAAAAAGAAAGACAAUGUUCUCCCCAAUUAUUUCUUUAUCUAAAAGGGCCAAAAAAGAAGGCCGAUCGUGUCCCAAAUUACAAAUUAAUUCAUUUGUACGAUAUAUUUUCAAGAGAAUUCCAGAUAAGAAAACCUUGAAUCACAACUAGCCCAAAAUUAUCAACUGAGUAUUUUAAUUUGUGGGUUGUAUUAAAUAUACAAGAAACAGCCAUGUGCGAACUCCUUAAAUGAGGAAUGUCACUGGGUGUUACAUGUAACUAUAUGUACUAGUGUGAUGAUUGGCUGUAGAGGAACUAUUCAUAUAUGACAAUCCUUUAGAGUUGUUUAUAAUACAUACUUAUGGAAACUAGUUACUAACGGGGCGGCGUUUCAAAGAGUUUUCUCACAAUUUCGGGUGUUACAUGUAAAACCUAUGUACUACUGUAAUGACUGAAUGCAGAAUAACACAUACUUAUGGAAAACAGUUAUUUCUAUAUUUUAGGAUGACAUUCCCUCAACGUUAUCAAGCUAAUAGAGUAAUACAAAAUGUACAUAACAACUAUAACAACAGAUAUGAAACUAUGAAAUAUAAUAUAGCCCCUUUUUGUUCCUUCCAUUCUUCCACCUCUAUAAUAUCUAUGCGUUUUUUACAAAUGAAUUCAUAUAUUAGUUUAAAGUAACAUCAAAGGAAAUGAAAUGAAAUGAAAUGAAAUGGGGUUUAACGUCCUACUGUUCUGCUCCGGCUGGGAUAAUGAAGACGGGCAUACGCCAUACAGGGAAGUUUUGCGCGGGCAGCGGCACCAUGGCCUACUCUUAUAUCGAAUUUCAACUGCUAAGGGAUCCUUUACGUGCAGGCCAAUGUAUACACGGGACCUCGGUUUUUCGUCCCAUCUGAACGACUAGAUAGCCGUCCUUGUCAGGCCCUCCCUCCUGCACCAUUGAUUAGAGGAAAAGGGCGUCAGAAAAUCCGGGUGAACUAUCUGGGCCGAUGCAGGAGUCGAAAAAGGUCAACGGGAUUUUCCGACAGGAAUGGUAUCCAUAAUGGACAACUAAUACAGGAUUUACGCUAAAAUAGACAAAACAUGCAUCUAUAGUUUACCAAUUCAACUCUUGGGAAUAAUGUUCAUUAAUUUAUAACUGAAACAAUGAAAAAAAACCAUCAGAAAAUAAACAGCCUGUAGCAGAACGAAACAAACAUCGUUUAAUGUAUUUGUAUUGAUUAUGUAUAUCUGUGUAAAUCUGACUGAAUAUUUAAUAAAUCCCAAACCAUUA